AACUUUUGAUUUAAGGUUUGGAGUCAUGAGGUGUGUUACUUCGUUUGUAGUUUUGUGUAUUCUCAUGAUCCUUGUUUUGAACAAUGUUAAAGUAGAUGUGAAAGCACAACGACUGAAACCUCUGUGUGAAUUUACUGGUUGACCAAUACCUGGAAAAUGUCCCAUAUCUAUGCGUGAUGUAAGCGACGAGUGCUAUCGCAAUUUGGCGUCUCGUGAGAGGACAUAUAAGACUUGCGACUGUCAUAACACUAAAGUACGAGGGAAAGACCACCAUCAAUGCACAUGUUAUACAAAACUCCCUUGCAACGACUAGC